UCACCAUGGUUUCUGUUUGCAAUGGGUCUUAUGGUUAUUGUUCACAGUGAGGCAAGUCUUUCUGGAAUUGACCAUGUGGAGGAGAUGGAACUGCUGCUGGAAAAUUACUAUAGGCAGUCAGAAGAUCUUAUGAAUGAAACCCGGGAACUUAAAAUACUGAUUGAUGAUUCUGAAAGUAUCAUCUUUAUCAACUUAGACAGCCACCGUAAUGUUAUGAUGAGGUUGAACUUGCAGCUGACCAUGGGUACUUUUUCAAUCUCGCUUUUUGGAUUGAUAGGAGUAGCAUUUGGUAUGAAUCUGGAAUCAUCAUUUGAAGAGAACCAUGGAAUGUUUUGGCUGGUGACAGGAAUUAUGUUCCUAGGCAGUGGCUUAAUUUGGCGGCGCCUGCUUACAUUUCUUGGGCGGCAUCUAGAACCGUCAAUGCUUCCACCAAUGCCGGCUUUAUUGAAAAAAACGCAGUCAGCCAAUGGAAAAGUAGAGUUUAAGAAUGUUUUCAAAACAGAAACCUUUGAGUCAAGCAGAAGUACAAUGACCAACCAAUGACAGGAAUACUCCAGGAUAACUUGAACUUGAGACUAUCAUUAUGGAUUUACUUUUUCAAAAAAAUGUAGCAGCCUUUACCAUUUGACUGUAUUAUAUCCCAAAAAUAAGAAGUUAAAAAUCUUCAGUUCUUGAGAGAAGACUUCAGAGUUUUGAAUACCCCAGUAGAAAAUUUAAAUCAUGUAAAUGUUAAAAACAUCCCCUUUUUUCCUUUAACUAAUGCCUUCUGUGGGAAUUCUGGUAAAGUUUAACUUUUUGCCAAUAUAAGAAAACCGUGUCUACCCUAAUAAUAGUUUCACACAUGUUCCUUUAUAGGUAUAGUUCAUAAAAGGCAAAAAGUAUUGUCUAAAUUAUUUCUAAAGAGUGAGAUAUAUUUAUGUAAAAAUAGUGUUAUCUCUGAUAACAAAUUCUUUUUUGAACAUAAUAUACCACUGUGUUAAUUUCAUGUUCUAUUGUUUAGAUUCAGUAUUUUGUAAAGAUACUGCUUUAUUGCUAUUUCUUCAGUUACUGGAUUCCGAAAGGUAAAAAUUUUAUAUUCCUGUCAUAAUUACCAAAAAUAGAGUUACUAGUACUGUUUUAGGAGAAAGCUCCCCCUUUUAAAGGAGGCUUCGUUUGUGAAGUUCGUGGAACCUCCUUAAAAAGGAGCGUAUGAGAAAAGUACUACUUGCUUGCAGAAGGUUGCCAUGAGGCAGGCAGCCUUUGUCAGAAAGCUGAGAUUCACAUUGCAUCACAUCAGCCGGGCUCUUCUGCAAAAACAGAAAGGUAAUUUGGGUGCUGCUGAACCCUGGAGCAGAGAGAGGAGCAGGCCGAGUCCUGCAAGUCCCUUGGGUGGCCAGAUGGGAAGUAGGCCUUGGCUUACAGGCUGUAAUUGCCGUAUCACUUCUACAGACCCUCUUUAGGCUCCUUUGCAUAGCUUCAAAGAGCCACUUGGAAGCAGGCCGAUGCCUGGAGAAAUUCCAAGGGUCAGGCCCUUGGGUGGCUGGAUGGGAAGUAGGCCUCGGCCUAGAGCAAAGGUGGGCAAUUAAUUUUCCCAAAGGAUCACAUGAGAAACGGACUCUUGUGGAGAGGUGUUGCUGUACCUGUCAACACCGUUGCUGCCACUGCCCCAACACCACCGCCACACUGAUAACUUUUCCCCAACGUGGGGCAGAUGGGUUGUAAAUUGCCCAUGUCUGGCCUAGAGACUGUAACUGCCUGGAUGUGCCAGUCACUUCUGACCAGUGUUAGGCUCCCUUGCAUGGCUGAAUAAGCCAGCUUGGAAGCAUGUAAUGGCCUACAGGAAUAUUGAGGGGAAGGGAGCAGAGUACUGAUUGCCUCAGGGGUGAGGGAGGCCCUGCUAGGCCUGUGGUAGGUGGCCCUGGGCCUAUGUUAGGCCACCAAGCGCUUUCCAGAUUCCUGGGGCACCCCAUGCUCCUCUUAACAACCUGCACAUUCAUUUAAUGAUUGCAUUGGGGAGAACAGGAAUAGGGUUUGUUAAGUGAGACACUCAAUGGUUGUCAUGACAUGCCACUGUGAUGGGCAGGUUCCAUUAUGGUAGUAAGUCAAGAGUUACCUGAACUUUUAUCUCAGUGUAGCUUCAGACUCAUGACAGUAAUUGUAAAAUGAAGUCAGAGCUAUGACUUUAUUCAGAGUGGUUCCAAAA